UCUAGUCGUCGUCGAAAAAACCAACGACUCUGAAAUGGAAAUUUUGUGCAUAUCGUGUUGCGAUUAAAACGAACAAUAAUUUAAUUCUGAAAAGUGCAUCAGAAAGUGGAUAAUUUGUUGAGUCUUUUGCAAAAAAUCGCAUAAAAAUCGAAACAGGCAAAGUGCUUGAAAAACGUCUUUGAAAACCCGCACCAUUUUUGCUGGAAACAAAAAAAUGCGCUCGCCAUUUUGACUAAAGCGACAAACUGAAAUUUUUCACUUGCUCCUGAUCAAAGUGCGGACCAUAAAGUGCUAAAUGCUAAAGGCAGUGGUUAGAAAUCCAAUGUCAAAUUGAAGCUAAAUCCACGUGCUGCAAUUGUGCAUAUGAAAAAUACGGAUAUUUAACGCAGGCCGCGCCACACGCAGACAAACACUCAGACUCUCUCACAAAAACACUUACACUAACACACACACGUUGCGGCUACGUGCUACUUACAUAUCUGCUGGUAUUGUUUUUUUUUGGCGGCGUGGUUUAGUGAACGGCACCCCUAAGAGCUGCGCGCUACAGAAAACCAACCAGAGUCAAUACCAAAUAACAGUGUAAGGGCAAACGAAAAGGACUCGAAAAGGAGCAUCAGGCACAACAGUCAGAGCAACAGCAGUUGAAGGUGCUGGGCACCUACCUAAGCGGCAUUACACCUGUCACACUGUCUCUGCUUACCUGCGGUUUCUUAAGCAUUGAAAAACAAUAACAACAACAAUCAUGGCACAUAGCUCCAGCACAAAUCAAACGACAGGCGGUGCGGUCAAGACAGAUGAAGUCAACUAUUAUUUUCGGGAUGAACACGGGCAAAUAGCGAAAGUGAUAAAGCCAAUGCAAGCAGUGAAGCAAUCACAUAUUAUGGAAAAUACAAAAUCAAAUUUGGUCUUUGCCAGCGGCUCGCAACGUAAUGGUGGCAGCAUUGGCAAUGUGGGACGCAUGGGCGCCAUGAGCACACCGAAUCAGGGACAAUUUAUACGUUUACAAGACAGUUGUAUAACAAUUCCGAAAUCCGAAAAUACUUCAUAUACAACUGUGCCAGCGCAAAAAGGCAGCGGUAGUGGCGGUUUGCACGAGGUGAUAAAGAACGAGCGAUAUGUUAAAUAUACGCCGAAUCAUGCCAUGAAAAUAAAAUCGAAACUGAACGCCAUCCAGAAAGCUUCCUCCGGUCCAUCGUUAGUGCAAAGAAAACGCAAGCCUGACAAGGCUGGCAAGGGCUUGCGUCAUUUUUCUAUGAAAGUGUGCGAAAAGGUUGAGGAGAAGGGCAAGACAACAUAUAAUGAGGUGGCCGACGAUUUGGUUUCCGAAGAACUGAAGAACAAUUCAUUCGAUUCAAACUGUGAUCAAAAAAAUAUCCGGCGUCGUGUCUACGAUGCGCUCAAUGUACUGAUGGCAAUCAAUGUUAUUUCCAAGGACAAAAAGGAAAUACGCUGGAUUGGCUUGCCCGCUAACUCAGCGGAGGAAUUUCGUGCUUUGGAGGAGGAGAACAUUCAGCGUCGCGAGAGCAUUAAGCAUAAGAAUGAAAUGCUGCGUGAAAUGGUCAUGCAACAUGUGGCAUUCAAAGGCUUGGUGGAGCGUAAUAAGCGCGCCGAAAGCCAAGGCGUGGUCCCAUCCCCUAACUCAUCCAUACAGCUGCCGUUUAUCAUUGUGAAUACGCACAAAUCGACCAAGAUCAACUGCAGCGUCACCAACGACAAAUCUGAGUACAUAUUUAAAUUCGACAACACAUUCGAGAUGCACGACGACAUUGAGGUCUUGAAACAUAUGGGUCUUCUGCUGGGCUUGGACAAAGGCGAAUGCUCACCAGAGAAUAUUGAGCGUGUCAAGGCUUGGGUGCCACCAAAUUUAGCCAAAUAUAUAGAAGCCUAUGGUACACGUAAAUUAGGUGAAUCAACGUUUGAUUUGGAUGACGAUGAUGAUACUGAUUUCCUUACGUAUCACGAUUCAACAACCAAUGAUUCUCAAAGCUAUUCACACAACUUGCAGCUGGGUGAUGUUGAAUAUAAACUGGAACUGGAUGAUGAUGAGAUGGAGGAUGAUAUCGAUUGAGCUGACGUUGCGGCUGAUGUGGCAUGUAGUACAAUGGAAUCCACUGUGCAGGCUGCUGCUGACAGUGGCAGCGGCUAUGCCGAGGAUACAUUUAGUUUUACGUUUAUAAAUGCAUUGUUAGGAUUGCCACGCCCAGUUGGUUAAACGAACCAAUUAUUCUCAUUUAUGUUUUGUACACACACACACACACACAUUAACACAUUCAGACACAGAUUUGAUUUUGUUUGUUUCGCAA